AUGCUGGCCAAGGAAAAAGAGACGGACAUACUCGAUGAAUUGAGCAAUCAUGCCCAAAGAGUCAAACUUUUCAACCAUCCGUCACAACACAUUCAUGUCAUAAAAUAUCUCACUGCUCAUCCCCCUGGCCUAGAGUCAACGGAAGAGAUUUACGUCGCAGAUCAGGAGGAUUGGGUCCACGGAUCCUUCAAUGUGUGCAUCUUGAUUCACAUCGGUGGUCACAAUGCGGGUGGUCGCAAAGAACGUCCCCUGAAAUGA